AUGCUCAGUGAGAAAAAUGCAUGCUACUUAUGUAAGUAGUCACUUUUUACAAAGCAUAUUUUUACAUGCAGCCGGAAAGAAUUUCAGUCUACUGCCGACAUCCUUAGGUAACUGAAUUAUCAUAGAAUUAUGCUGCAUGAGGAUUAGUUUUACAACCCUACGUAAUCAAUCUUUUCAGUACGAAAACGCACCUUACGUUCUUGUAAUUCUUUUAUGACAGGACACUGUCUCCUAAAAAGGCACUUUUUUAAUCACUCAAUUAAAUCCCGUUGACUUGGAAAUGAUCAUAAAUGUAACGUACUUUUUACAUCGUUUCGGCAUCUUUAUGAAUCCUUACUGCUUUUGUGUAAAAUCUACGCAGAAUCAACCCUUUAAUGUUUACUUCAUAGUAAGUUACAUCUUCGUAAAGUGUUUAAGAGAAUAGAAUUCGAAUUCCAAACCGUUUUUAUUUAAUUAAUGAAUAAUUUUGAAAUCUUUUUGCCGUUGCGCACGCGUUUGGAAACUAUUAUUCGGCAGAUGCGCUGCACCAACUCAGGGACUGGAUUGGUGUUCGGCAAGCGUUUUCAGGAAUACGCACCCAUAACAAAUGCCAAUAUUCGGGCACGCCUAGGUGCAUGCUCACGCCACGCCAACUGGGAUCCGUUACGCCCCAAUUUCUCUUGUUGUGUAAAAUCCAGGUCAUUGUACGUUAUGGACUAGGGGUGGUGCAGCACGCCUUGGUGCGAAUUUUUCAUCAAGCCAGCCACCUGCGCUCCCUUCGGUCUCCGGUCUUCUUGACUCCGUCGUGGCACCGGGCCCAGGUGGGAGAAAAGGGUAGAGUGCUGUAGACGCUGCGAAAGUCUACUAUCACUGUAAAUUAACACACCCGCAUUCCACCGUCCCUGCUCUCGCCCUGCUGUGGAACACAUGGUGGACGUCAUCGGUCAUGACAGCCAAGCUGUCAGAGGAUUGUAAACUGCACGUCGUCAUUGGACGAUCAUAAAACAUAGCAGUUGAUACGGGUCACAUCUUACACUUCCGAAACAGCAUUCCUACACGCAGGAAUGCGAUGCUACUUCAAUAAACCUCUCAAGGUCUUACAAUCUCUCUUAAGAUCGGCGAAAUUGGCAGAUCCAGGCUAAUUAUUUGAAGAAGAAGAAGAUGAUGAUGAUGAUAAUGAUGAUGAUGAUGAUGAUGAGGAGGAGGAUGAUGAUGAUGAUGAUGAUGAUGAUGAGGAGGAUGAUGAUGAUGAUGAUGAUGAUGAUGAUGAUGAUGAUGAUGAUGAUGAUGAUGAUGAUGAUGAUGAUGAUGAUGAUGAUGAUGAUGAUGAUGAUGAUGAUGAUGAUGAUGAUGAUGAUGAUGAUGAUGGGCUCUCCGGAUCACGUUUAUUUGGAUGCUAA